CGCGAAACAAGGCGUGCCAUCUCUUUCUUGUUUCUUCAAUGCCUCUCAUUUCAUAAUGUGGUGCAAAUGCACGAAAUUGAGUGGUGUGGUUGCUGGAAAGGUUGUGAAGAUAGCACAGCUGAGGUCCGCUGUUGAUAUCGAGGGGCGAUCGCCCUGUUGACCCGCAGGGAGUUCGACCACCCGGUGUCAUCAUACCUUGGGAUCAUCGCGUUCCGCCCACCUUGAAUGCCUGGCUCUUAAUAUUAGAUAUUAUUUGUCGACUUUCGAUUUGGAGGCAGUCAUUUGAUAUUCAAGUUAACAACAGGUGAUCUCUGCCUAUCUGCGCUUAUUUUGCGCUUCCCUCACACGGCGUGCGUCGAUUUCCGUCCGCUCCGACAAUUCCCCCAAUUUGAUGCAUGUCGAAUUUCUUCAAAUGACUCUGGGCCUUCAAUAAUUCCCAUGUCCGCAGACCUCUUUGCAGAGUUUGGCUCUGGACCUGGCUCCGGCCAGCAUUCACAAAAUGCUAGACCUCAAGCGACCUCUCUGAUCCCUGAUUUGGAGGCAUCUGAUGAUGAUUUCUUCAAUUUCUCAGGUCAGAAUCAAGCUACAUUACAAACUACUCAAACAAGAACGCAUUCAAAUAAAGACACGAGUAUCGGUGGUGCCAACACUCCAGAGCCUUUUGGUAGCUUUUCACAGCCAUAUGACAGCAAUGUGUUAUUCGACGCCAGUCUUGAAACAGUCUCGAACGAUGGGACAGACGAUUGGGGUGAAUUUGAGUCUGCUGAAACCAUACCCCAAGAGCAACCGAAAACCCCCCUUCCUGAGCCAAAGCCAAGUAGCAUGGCAAAACUAAGAGCUGGAAGAUUAGCUCAGUCAAAAAGUCCUGGCAAGAUGCCCGAUCUCAAUUUGAUGGAUUCAUUAUCAAUUGAAGACAAAACAUCACCGGUUAAGAGUCAGCCGACAACUUCAGCACCCGCAAAAUCUCGUCAGGUUCAGAGAAAAAGCCGCCCAGUCGCUCCAGCGAAGCCCCCUGAACCCCUUCAAGAUGAGCCUUUUGAGGAAUGGGGGGAUUUCAUCGAUGGGCCACCUAGCCCUGCACCAGCAUCUGCACAAAGGCAUAAGACAUCUCAGAGAACAGAUACUUCUUCUCAGGUAGAAAAAAGUAUGUCUGGAGUUCUGAGCAGGUCUGAACCUGUACCCGCAUCACAAGUUCGUCCAACAAACAUACCUCCACCAUCUGUUCUAUUGGAGUUAUUCCUUCAGCUGCUUGAACAACUCCGUCAAGAAGCUGUCAGUGUCAAAAAAAACCUUCAAGAAAAAGAUCAACUCGAAGAUGCCGCAUUGUUGAUCAUCUAUACCUUAAAGUCAGCAGCACGGGUGAUCGCCGGUCGUACUUUGCGAUGGAAAAGAGAUACGAUCCUGAGUCAGAGUAUGAGGAUCGGCCCUGCACGCGCAGGCAAGGCAGGGGGCAUGAAACUCAACACUGUUAACAAAAACGAAGACAUCAAGGAGAAGCAAGAGGCCGUUGACGUGGUGACCAUGUGGCGUGACCGUGCUGCAGUUUUCAACUCUGUGAUCCAGGCUGCUAAGAAACGCCCGAUUACUGUCAUUGCAGAGAAUGCCCGAGUUAUAACUGCUACUGCUAGCCAAGGUGCCGUCAAGGCACCCCAUGCUUGUGCUCUUUGUGGGUUGAAGCGGGAUGAACGACUGCCUAAAAUCGAUGAAAAUGUCGAGGAUAGCUUUGGGGAGUGGUGGACAGACCACUGGGGGCAUACCGAGUGCAAACAAUUCUGGGAAAGAAAUAUGAACUUGCUUGGCCAGCGAUAACCCUCUCAUGAUUUGUAUAUACCGAGUUGUGUUAUGCCUCGACGGUUGCUAUUACAUAUAAACCAGGUAUUAUUUUCUUGUCAAUACACUUUUUAAAUCAAUACUAAGCCUAGCUUUAUUAAUUAAUAUACACCUUUUUUUCCGUACACCUGAUGUAUUUGAUAUUAUAGCAUUAGAUUUAUUUUCAGUCGUCUAGGUACUAUAUGCCCCCAACACGAG